CUUAGACUAAUUGAUAGGGAAAUCUAGUAUUGACUCAUUGGUUUUAUUUUGGGGAAUGAUUCUGUGGAAUGACUGGAAAUGUCUUGUAUAUCUCCUCUCUUUCGGUGUCCGAGUUCUACACCUUACGUCACAAGAUGCAUCUCACAUAGCGAGAGCACGCGUGUUUCCUUUCGUCUCACUGCUCCGCAUAUUACAGGACACGGCUUUAAUGUUAUAGUUCAUCGCGAAUCAUUAACUCUUAACCUACACAACAGAUCGCCUGGAUUAUAGUUCCCCUUCACCAAUCAUGCAAGUGGCGGAGAUCCUGUCCGAUUUGACCUCGUUACGUGUCUGUGACCACAAUGAAGCUCUCGCUCUCGUCACCGUCCACGAGCGAAUACCUGUCGAGCCCUCCCAAUUAGAUGGGAGCUCUACUAUCGAAAGCCAACAGAGUGAAAAGGUCAAUGACAAUCUCCGACGCGCAAAGGAACUCGUCGACUUGCAUUAUGAGAUCAAAGCGCGUCAUGCCGGUGGUACUGUUGAUGAGGAGCUGGCUCAUGCACGAGAGGACGUGAAUCGUGUCUUAAAAGAGCUUGGCCCUUGAUGGGUAGGUGCUUAUUUAUGUAUGAUAUGAUAUAAUGUAUGUGUUUUA